AUGACUGUCGGCGCCGAGGACCAAUCACCCUCAAACGCCGCGGCGAGCACGCCCGCCAACGAGCAUCAGCUGCCCCCGCUGUCGGAUGACGACUUCCGCAUCUACAGCCGCAUGGCAGACCGCAUGCAGCAAUUCCACGACUACUUCCGGCAGACGUGGAACAUGCUCUACGAAGCGGCCUCUACCUCUCGGCGGCCCCCGAACCUCACCCUCCAGCAGUUCCUCUCCGAGGGCAUUUCCUUUGCCAGCCACCUCUCUGCUCACCAUGCCAUUGAGGAGGAGCACAUCUUCCCCCUGCUCGCGACGCGCAUGCCCGAGUUCAACCCCACGAGCGGCCAACUCGUCAAGCAGCACGCCCAGAUCCACAGGGGCUUGGAGGAGUUUGAGCGCUACGUGCAGAAGUGUCGUCGCGGGGAAGUGGACUUUGAAAUGGCGACGCUGAAGGAGAAGAUGGAGGGCUGGGGGGGCGUGCUUUGGGAGCACCUGGAUCAAGAGGUCGAGAUGUUGGGGGCUGAGAGGAUGAGGGCUGUCUGGACGAGGGAUGAAAUGAAGAGGCUGCCAAUGUGA